CCUUCAACUAUCAAUCUUACAUAGUAAAAAACAUAAAAUGAGUUCAAAGGUUGUUGUUCUCCUCGGCCUUUCUUUGGUCGUGUCUCUCAUGAUCGCUUCCGAGGUUACGGCCAGGGAAAUGGCCGAGACGACUACUACUUCAUUUAAUCCGACGAAAGCUGAGAAAACAAAUGGGGAUGCCGGAGAUGACAACAACUACGGUGGAGGAAGAGAUGGCUACAGAGGCCGCGAUGGUGACAGAUAUGAUCAUGGAAGACGUGGAGAUGACAAAAAUGACCACAAAGGUCGUGAUGGUAACAAAUAUGACCAUAGAAGACACGACGAUGACAAAAAUAACCACAAAGGCCAUGAUGGUGACAAAUAUGACCAUGGAAGACACGACGAUGACAAAAAUAACCACAAAGGCCAUGAUGGUGACAAAUAUGACCAUGGAAGACAUGACGAUGACAAAAAUGACCACAAAGGCCAUGAUGGUGACAAAUAUGACCAUGGAAGACGGGAAGAUGACAAAAAUGGCCACAAAGGUCGUGAUGGUGACAAAUAUGACCAUGGAAGACGUGAAGAUGGUAAAAAUGACCACAAAGGCCGUGAUGGUAACAAAUAUGACCAUGGAAGACGUGAAAAUGGCAGAUAUGACCACGGAAAACAGGGAGGUGGACGUGACAAUGGUGGGUAUGGCAACAGUGGACGCGGCGAUGGCAACUAUGGGCAGGGUGGAGAUUGCAAGAACGGCUGCUCAUACAAGGGGGAGAGCGUGGAUGCAACAAAGCCUUAAGCCUCAGCACUAUAUACCCACUCCGUACAUGCAUAUGAAUAUGAUCGAAUUGGCAAUCUGUAAUAAUGCAUGCAGUCAUGAAGUACCACUUACACUUACUUCUCUGCAAUAUCUUUAUCAUAAAUAAAUGAAUUGGUUGCCCUACAAUUGUUUCUGA